AUGGAUCAAGAGGGUUCGAAUGAGAGAUGUCAUGGCCACAGCUUGAACUUCAAUGCACCACUUCUAUCAACAAGGCGUCUGACGGCAACUGGUUCCAUCGAUAUAGAUGCAAAUGCAAAUCCCCGAGGAAUUGCUCGCGAUAUAAGUAAAAGGAUCCCAUUUUCAUGGGAGAGAUCUCCUGGAAUGCCCAAAGACAUUGAGAAAAGCGGCCUCCUUGCUGAGAGCCCACCACCUCCCAAGCUCCCAUCGGGCCGAUGGCGUCCUCCGGCGAAAGUGGCCUGCGAUGAUGAUGAUGAUGACGAUAAACUUGUCGACGACAACAACGAUGAUGAAGAUGAUAAUUCAACAGACUGUGAUGACGAUACUGACACCGACGACGAUGAGGUUUUGUCAUCAGAUGUAAUAGACGACAAUUUCUCGUUAUCAGAGUCCAUAGAUAUUGUUGAUGGCAUGAACCUUGGGGUGCGUGGAUUGGAGCAUGAAGGUUUAGAGAUGGUGGAGUCUAGAGGAAAUCACUCACCGAGUUUCAUAAUAUGCCCUUUUCUCCCGGCAGCAGAUGCCUUGGCUUCUUCUUACUCAAUUUCUUCAAAGAAGAAAAUGCAUAAGAGGGUUCCUUCUUCUUCUGCCGACCAUUUCUCAAGUGAUGAUGAUGAUGAUGAGUUGAUCAGUGAUAUUCAAGUCCCAGAAAAUAGAAAGAUUUAUUCAUCCCCGAGGUACACUGGCACGAUCGUAUACACCUUCCAAGGCGUGUGGGCUUGCACCCUUCUUCCCUUGCGCAUGAAUCACACACUCUGCGGAUUGAAGAGCCCUAUCGGCAUGGCUCGCCCAGUUCCAAAUUUGAUGGCAGUUUCAGACGAACACGAAUUGCUUCGACCCAAGGAAGGUGGUGGUACGGUUGAUUCAUCAUUCAUGCCAAAAUAUAAAUCCAAAUAG